AUGUGGCCAUCUGAACCAGGAACAACCGAAAUCGAGGAGAACGAGGCCAACGGUGAAAUGAUGAAACCAAAGACACCGCCUUCGAUUACGAGAUCAUUGAACAGUAUAUCGAAAACGGUUUUGCCACCGAAUGUUGAAGCGACCAUUGACUGUAAACGCUACAGCAGCCGUACGAGGUUGUUACGAGUUACAGCGUGGGUAAAGCGAUUCAUCAACAACGCGAGAAGGCGUCGUUCAGCAUCAGAUCUACUCACCGCCGACGAAUUGAAAACAGCAGAAAAACUCUGGAUAAAAUCGAUCCAAGCGAGCAGUUACAAGGACGAAGAGCAAUAUCUGUCUCAGGUCAACAAAAAAGAGCCUCUAUUAGUCAAGCAGUUGGGGUUGUUUCAAGAUCAAGAAAACAUUAUUCGUUGCCAUGGUCGAAUUGGUAAAUCGUCAUUGUCGUUGUCAGAGAAACAGCCGAUACUCCUUCCUCCGAAACACCAUUUUACCGACCUGAUUAUCCUGGAUCAUCACGAGACUGUUCAUCAUAACGGAAUCAAGGAAACCUUGAACAGCAUCAGAGAGAAAUAUUGGAUUGUAAGGGGACGGGAAGCAGUGAAACGUAUAGUAAGACGAUGCGUGCUCUGCAAAAAAGUUGGAAGGGAUGUCAUUUAA